GGCAGUGAGUGAGUGCUGCGCUGCGGCUCGGGUGGGAGCAGCCGGUUGCCAUGGGGACUGCGCUGCCGGCGGAAGAGCAUCCUCGGGGAGGCGUCGGGGGGCGCCGGGCCCUGCUGGCUGUGAUCGGGGAGGUCGGCACGGAGGAGGAGCGGGAGGCGGUGCGGAGGGGCUUGGAGCGCGGCCUUCGUUCGUGGGAUGCCGAGCUCCCUCCUUCCGAGCUGGACCGGCAGCUGAGGCUCUUCGUCACUCGGCACCUGGCUCACUUCUCCUCGGAGGUCAGAGGUCUGAGGGUCCUCCGCCACCAGAGCCAUGACCUGGACUCUGUCAUCCUUGUGAACCCAGACGAGGAGAGCGCUGUGACCGAGGUCCGUUCCUUGCUAUGUGACCCUUCAGCCCACAAGUUGCUGGUGCUGUGCGGACAGAGCUCAGACCAAGAAGGAGAUCUGCUCCUCCAGAAGGGGAGUUUCUCCUACCAUAGAUUUGCUGAAAUACUUGCUGAUCCAGAGGUAGCCCAGCUCCUCAGCAACAGGGACGCUGCCUCCAAGGCUUCACUCACUGUGUCCUGCUUCGGGGAGGGAGACUGGACCAACCUUGGGUGUCCUCAGUUCCAGAGUCUCCUGAAGCUGAGGCUGAACCCUGACCCAGUCCUGCCAGAGAUGGACGGGGUUUCCGAAUUCGCUGAGUACGUCUCUGAGACGGUGGACGUCCCAUCGCCCUUUGAUCUCCUGGAGCCCCCCACCUCUGGGGGCUUCCUCAAGCUCUCCAAGCCCUGCUGCUACAUCUUCCCCGGGGGGCGGGGGGACUCAGCCCUUUUUGCCGUCAAUGGCUUUAACAUCCUGGUGGACGGUGGAUCUGAGAAGAGGUCCUGCUUCUGGAAGCUGGUCCGGCACCUGGACCGGAUCGACUCGAUCCUCCUGACCCACAUUGGGGCGGACAACCUUCCAGGGAUCAAUGGGCUGUUGCAGAGGAAGAUUGCGGAGCAGGAGGAGGAGCAGUCACAGGGCUCCACCAACUACAGUGAUUGGAUGAAGAACCUCAUCUCCCCAGAGUUGGGUGUCGUGUUCUUCAAUGUCCCUGAGAAACUCCGGAUGCCUGAGUCCUCCAUGAAGGUCAAGCGGAGCAUCGAGGAAGCCAGCUUGGCCCUGCAGCACCUUAACAAGCUGGGCAUCAAGCCGGAGCCCCUUUACCGAGUGGUCAGCAACACCAUUGAGCCCAUCACCUUGUUCCACAAAAUGGGUGUUGGGAGACUGGACAUGUACGUCUUGAACCCGGUGAAGGAGAGCAAGGAGAUGCAGUUCCUCAUGCAGAAGUGGGCCGGGAACAGCAAGGCCAGGACGGGCAUCAUCCUCUCCAAUGGAAAAGAGGGGGAGAUCUCCGUCCCCUACCUGACCUCCAUCACGGCCUUGGUGGUCUGGCUGCCGGCGAGCCCAAUGGAGAAGAUUGUGCGGGUUCUGUUUCCAGGAAACGCCCCACAGAACAAGAUUCUGGAAGGUCUGGAGAGGCUGCGGCACCUGGACUUCCUGAAGUACCCUGUGGCUACACAGAAGGAGGCACUCUCUGGCACGCCAUCCCCGGCACUGAAGCAGAGCCGGAUCAAGCAGAGGACGGACAGCAAGGAGAGCCUCAAGUCCUCUCCUAAACCGCCGGGCAGCAAAGAGGCCUCAAAGGCUGAGGAGACGAAGGCCGAGGCCGGGAAGGAGGCCAAGGCUGAAAAAAGGGCCAGGGAACUCUCUGAAAAGGCCGCAGAGAAACCCACAAAAACCGAGAAGAUCAAAACCGAGUCCAGUGAGGCCCUCAAGGCUGAGAAAAGGAAACUCGCUAAAGACAAAGGCGGGAAGAAGCACCUCAAAGAGAAGGUUUCAAAACUAGAAGAGAAAAGGGACAAAGAGAAGAAGGAGUUAAAGAAAGAAAGGAAGGACCUCAAGAAAGAGGAUGGGAGGAAAGAAGAAAGGAAAGAAUCCAAGAAAGAGGAAAGAAAGAAGGAAGCCAAGCCAGAGGCGAAAAAAGUGCCCAAGCCUGACCUGAAGCCCUUCACACCAGAAGUGAGGAAAACCUUAUACAAGGCCAAAGCUCCUGGACGGGUGAAAGCGGAGAAAGUCCGCAGCAAAGCCGAGAAGGAGAGCCUGGCUGUGGAGCAGAAGGCCUCCCCGGUGCCGAAGAAGCCCAGCCAGCCCUCAGAGCCACCCAGCAGGGAUGACCAGAGGCUGGUUCUCUCUUCCCCGGAGGAUCUGACCAAGGACUUUGAGGAGCUGAAGGCUGAAGAGAAAGGAAACCCUCCUGAGGCACCUCCUUCUUCCACAGAAGGACAAGGAGACCCCUUUGGCACCGCUGCUGAGCAGCUGCAUGGCCUGAGACCCAAAGGAACAGGCAGCCCCGCAUCUCCGUCCCCAGCUGUCCUGGAAAUGGCAGAGGAAACUGGGAAAGCAUUCGAGGCAGAGGCCCCCGAGGAAGGGCAGUUUGGGAAGAAGGUUGGAGAGGCACCAACAGUGCUUCUUGGAAAGGUGGCCAAAGGUGAAAGGGACUGGGCCCUGGCCUCUGGAGACUCCCCAUUUGUGGGGUGUCAAGAGGAGGAGAAAGGCACAGCGGAGCCCAAUAUGAAAUGGAUGGAGGCCCAAGGGGAGGGGACAACGGGAUGGAGAGGCUCCUCAGGACUGGAAUCUUCAAGAGAGGCUGGAGGAGAAGACAGAGAGGAGGGGAGAGGUUUGUCCAUCAUGCAGCCCCCUCUGCCCUCUCAGGAUAAAGAGAGACAGCUCAAAGAAGGAAGGGCAGAGCGGGCAUCCCUGAUGAUGAAGGAAGAGGAGGAAGAGGAGGAGGAACCAUGCCCAGGUGCCCGGCGAGUCCCACCUGGGGAGCACAUCUCCUACAUUCAGGAUGAGACCAUCCCCGGAUACUCGGAGACGGAGCAGACCAUCUCCGAUGAGGAAAUCCAUGACGAACAGGAGGAGCGGGCGCUGCACCUCAAGGCGGAUAUCGGCACUGAAGAGGUCACCAUUCCCGACCAGCCGUGCUCCUUUGGCAUCAUGCAUGGGAACCAGGCUGCAGCUGUGGCUGAAGAAGGGUCCAAGGUCUACCCCAGCCAAGAGCCCGAGAUGCUUACCUACCCUACGAACAUUGUGGCAGCUCCCCUGGCAGAAGAAGAGCACGUCUCAUCCGCCACUUCCAUCACGGAGUGUGACAAGCUUUCCUCAUUUGCCACUUCGGUGGCUGAAGACCAGUCGGUGGCUUCCUUGACUGCCCCGCAGACGGAGGAGACUGGCAAAAGCUCCCUGCUAAUGGACACGGUCAAUAGCAUCCCUUCUUCUCGGACGGAGGCCACGCAGGGCCUGGACUACGUGCCCUCCGCUGGCACCAUCUCCCCAACCUCCUCGCUGGAGGAGGACAAAGGCUUCAAGUCUCCCCCUCCGGAAGACCUCCAUGCACAAGCAGGCAAGAGGGAGCACCAGGCUGGUAAGAAGGACUCACAGCUGGAGGAAGAAGAGGAAGAGGAGGAGACCCCCAAUCUGGAAAGGCCGUGGGCAGUCCAAGAACAGCAUGAUGCUCCUGUGUUCCCUCAGCCAGCAGUACCAGGAGACAGCUUACCGGAAGAAGCGCCCAAAAUAGGGACCCCAGAAGCCCUCUUGUUCCUGGAGGGACAGGAAGCCUCACUGCUGCUGCAGACGGAACCCUUCUCUGGGGAGAGCGAGGAGCGCUGCACCAGCCCUGAUGACAGCACCGUCAAGAUGGCCUCUCCGACCCCCACCAGCGCUGGGCACACACCCUUCCACCAGUCCCCUGUAGAGGAGCAGAAGUCAGAGGCCGUGGAAUCCGAGGAGGGCUUUGAGAAGGCAGUGGAGGAGGUUGUGAAGCCAAGUGGGCGGGAGAGCCCUGCAAACCUGGCUGGAGCCCAUGAGGAUGUGUCUAAAGGACACACUGAGCCUGUCUCCUCCCCCUGCGAAACCUGGCGCCAGACUCUGGAAAGUGAGGAGCUGCCCAGGAGCUUCUACCACUCGCAGGAAACGCUGGAGCUGUGUGACUUGUACCCACCUGCCCCAGAGAGGCUUUCGGGGUCUACAGAGGGGCCCCCCACUGAAAGUGAGAACAAGAGCCAGGGCGGGCUGAAAGGCUUUGGUUCCGAGCUGUUCUCUGCUUCGGACAUCCCCCCUCCGAAAGGCUGGGAAGAAUCUUCGGACGAAGAGGAAGAUGACGCAGCAUUGCACCCAUCUGCCAAAGAGAUUGCACCAGCGGAAGCAAAAGGCCUUCCUACCACUGGAGAGAUUUCUGGGAAGACAGACACCUUAGCAGGCGAGCCCACCAAAGAAUUACCCCCAGAAAGCAGGGAUGUAGCACUUCCACCAGAAGGCUGUUUCAGCCCAGAGAAGUCCGCAUCUGUUGUUCCUGGCGAAAAAGCACCUUCGUACUCAUUCACGGAGGAGAUUGCUGAAACGGACACUCAAUCUGGGUUGAUCUCUACCGAGAAGGCCCUGCCAGAGGUCCUCGGAGGCAGCUUCUCUCCUGCAACAAGCCUCUCUUCUGCAGAGCAGUCCCCGGCCAGAGACAUAGAUCCAGGGUCUCAUUUCGGAGGGGGCUCACCCUCUCUGCCUUCAUCUCCUGAAGACCAGCAUGCCACCCUUGUCCAGCCUGGCACAGGGAUCUUUCCAGAAGUCACAAAGUCAGUUUCCUCAUCUAGAGAAGAGCCUAGCGAAGAGAAGCCACUUCCCAGUCCAUCUUCCAGGGAGUUGAGUCCAGGCAAGGAGAGUAUGGUGAAGGCCCAGGGCUCUGGGGAGGCAAAGCCUUGUCAGUUUGAGGGAGAGAGGCAAGAUCCCACAGCCGGAGAGGGAGAGAAGGGGGAGGAUCAGUCCCCAGAAAUGGAAGACAUUUACCUGCAAGAUGCAAACUCUGAGAAAAAAGUGUGGUUUCCAGAGCGGGAGAAUGAAGUGCCAUGCAAAGAACACCGGCAGAGGUAUGACAAAGAAAAGGGGGAAUGUACGUUUCUGGAUGAUGAGAUGGAAGGAUACGAGAAGCUGCCACUGUCCACCACUCACGCAAGAAGACUUUCUGGAGAAGACACGAAUGGCUGCUUGGUAAAGGAGAUGUGGGGCACGGAAGAAGGUAAGGAGGCUGCUCCGGAGAGGACAGAAGAGGCGUUUCCUGACCCUGGCUCCCUCCCUGCAGUUGUUGGUGGGGCUCAAUGGGAGGAAGAAGAAACCCAGUUGACAGCAGCCCAAGCAGGCAGGAAGCCUUGGUCUCCAGAUGGGAAGGAGAAAGAGAUACCAGGCUUUGAGGAAGGGCCCUCUCUACAAGACACAAGGGGCUCAGGCUUCGCACCUGAAUGGACCGUUACCCUGGAAGGCAAGGAGCAGCCCCUUGGAGCCCCCUCUCCACAUGGGUCUCCUUCUCUAGAAGAGGAAGGAGAGGCACCUGCCUGGGCCCCAAGUGGCCCUGGGUUCUCUCCAGGGAUUGCGGGGCAGAGGCUGGGGACAGAUAGUGCCUUCCACCACAAAGAAGGACUGGUCUCCGAAGAAGAGGAGGGAAAGCCAGCCACCGAAGGGAAAGCCCCUGACAGCCAUACUGCUUCAUCAGAGGAAGGCCAGGAAGAAAGGGACCGGAGCCUGGGGCCAAUGACUCCUGAGGUGGAGGAGAGAGGACCCCACUCGCCAGGCCCAGACCCCAGGACCCCCUUUGUCUCCCUCAGCACCUGGCCCAGCAGUGCCUCCUAUGCCCCUGGCCCCUUUGAGCCCCAUGAAGAAAAAGAAGCCCAGGGAGGCCUUGGGGAGAAGGGGCCUGAGAAGGAGGAGAGGGAGCCCACACCGUACCCGCAUCAGAAGACCUUCCACUACGCUGAUGUCUACGGGGGGGACGGCACAGGUCUUUUGGGCCCGGAGCCCCUGGGCAAGGGGAGGGCGCCCCGGUUCCAGGCAGAGUCCCUUUCACCCAUCUCAUCCAAGGAGGAAGAGUCCUGCCUCUUCACACCGACGGAGAAGGAGCUUUCCUCCCCCACCUCCCCCAAGGACAAGACCCAGCCUGCCUUCGACUACACGGGUGUCCAUGACAGAUAUGGCCCCCAGGCUGAGAAGGAGAGCUCUCUGUCCUGUGGCCAGGCCUCAAGAGAAGAAGAGGGAAAGAGUGAUGAGUCUCCCGCUCUGCUGCCUGGCUGCCCAGGGAGCACCCUGAGCAUGGAUUCUUUGGAAAGCAGGAGCUUCAGUGAGGUCCAAGAGCCCUCAAAGGAGGAGGAGGCAUCUCCCUUCAAGACAGAGCAUGCCUGGGCUUUGGAGACAGUGGCCGGACAAAUGUCGGGGUCACCCACCCACUCCCGCUCCCCCCACCGGGACAUCUAUUAUGAGAAGGCUGGAGGUGAGGAAAGUGCCAGUGACUCCGAGAUGGAGAAGGGCGCCCAGGAGCCAUCGGAGAAGGCAUCCAAGCCCACUCUCCCCCACAUUGAAAGGGACCCUCCCUACACAGACAUUUCAGAGGCGAAGGCCCCUGGAAGCCCCUUGAGUGCUGUUGGUCAGGCACAGGAUGGAGCCCCCUCUGAGGUUGCCCAGAGCAGGGACCCCCUCCAGCCAGGACCUGAGGACCCCCCCAGCAGUCACCCUGCCACCGUCACUGAUCCGCCCUGGCUGCCCUCUGCCGUCCUGGAGGCCAAGGAGAAGGAGCCGGCCAAGGGCCCAUCUAUCCUGGCCAAGGGGCGGGACUCCUCUGCCUCCUCCAUUGCCUCUGCUGGCUUUGAGCUUUCCUCCCUGCAGAGCCACCAGCCCUCCAUCCUCUUCCGGCAUGAGGCCUGCCUCUCCUCUGCCUCUUCUUACCUGUGGGAGAAGUCACUCCCUUCUGGUUUUGGAACCUGUGGUGAAGGCAAGGCUGAUGAGUACCUAGAGGUCUCUGGAAAGGCCUGGGAAAGGGCCUCCCAAGAAGGAGGAGGGCAGCUGCUCCAUGGGGCACCUUGGGAGCAGGCACUGGCCAGCCCUGCAGGGGAGACUCUUCAUGCUGCGGCCUCCCUCCAGCCUGAGUCUGCAUCAACAAAGGGGGAAUCCUCCCCAGAGCCUGGGGCCCAGGUCAUCUCCCCACAGGUCCCGUCAGACUCCCCAGGGGACAGCAGAGAAGCCCUCCCUGCCAGCCCAGACUGGCACAGCAGCAUACCCUGGCACCCACCCUCUCCUCCGUGCAGCAUGAGCCCCGAAGAGUGGGCAGCUGGCCCCAGCCUCCCAGACGUCCUGCCACCUUCUCCCUGGAGCCAGCAAGAGGCCUUUACAUCGGCCAAUGGCCCCACUGAGGUGAGCUCCAGCCCCCUGGAUUUCCACAGAGUGCCCCAAGAGGAGGAGGAAGAGGCAGGUGAACAGGAAGAGGAGGCAGAGGGAAGGCAAACGCGUCCCUCGUCCCUCAUGAUGGCAGAAGACCCCGACUUGCAAGCUUUCUUCCCAGAGGCAGCGGCUGCUCGGUGGGGCAGCCAAGUUGAGGACGAGAGCCACACCACCGGCGACCCAGAGCCACGCGUGGUUCCAUCCUCGGAGCACGGGCCAACGUUCUCCUCUUGCGAGUAUCAGGCCCCAAGGAGGGGGGAGCUUUCCCCGUCCUUCAUCAAUCCCAGUCCACAUGACUCUGAUGAUGAAGAGGAGGAGGAGGACAGCAAACUCUCACAGGCAGAGGGGCGGCCCUCGGCAAUGGGACGGCCGCCGCAUUCCCUUCCCGGCGGCCAGAGGCAAGCAACAGCCGCUGCGGGAGAAGAGACCCCUCCCACUUCAGUCAGCGACUCCGGGACGUCCCAGUCAGAUUCAGACGUACCCCCAGAAACAGAAGAGUGCCCUUCCAUCACGGCCGACGCAGCCAUGGACUCCGAUGAAGAUGCUGACUUCCUCCCCGUGGAUAAGGCCAUGGGUGGCUCGCACCACAGUGGCUCCAGCGGCAGCACCCGUCUUGGUCAUGACCCACAGCCAGCUUCCCUGCCAGACCCCCACCCUCACCCCCCACGCCCCGAUGUCUGCAUGAUGGACCCUGAGGUGCUGCUGAGUGAUGCGCUCCUGCAUCGCCCUCCAGAGAAGACGCUGUCCCGGAAGGAGCCCAAGAGCCGGGGUGGAAGGAAGCCGGCUUCAUCAUCAGUGGGCAAGAGCAAGCCCUCCCCAUCACCCUCCCCAGCCCGCAGGAUGGAUAGAUGGGCCCCAGAUCGCUCACCCAAGCCCACCUGGGUGAAGAGGGAGAAGCCCCCCAAGCUCCAUGCCGAGGAGAAGGGGAGCGCCCCAUCUGGCACAAAGAACCUCCUCAAUGGUGUCAAGAGCAACCUAGGGCCUGGCAACCCCAAAAGCAGUGGUGGGGUCAGCGGGGGCUCUUCAGUGCCCCCCGUCUACGUGGACCUGGCCUACAUCCCCAACCACUGCAGCGCCAAAAACACGGACCAGGAGUUCUUCAAGCGGGUCCGAGCCUCCUACUACGUGGUGAGCGGGAACGAUCCAGGCAGCGGGGAACCCAGCCGCGCCGUCCUAGAGGCCCUCUUGGAGGGAAAGGCCCAGUGGGGAGAGAACCUGCCGGUGACCCUGAUCCCAACGCAUGACACAGAGGUGACCCGGGAGUGGUACCAGCAGACCCACGAGAAGCAGCAGGAGCUGAGCAUCAUGGUGCUGGCCAGCAGCAGCACGGUGGUGAUGCAGGAUGAGUCCUUCCCGGCCUGCAAGAUUGAGUUCUGAGGCCCUGCUCCAGCCGGCCGGGAUCUCCCCUUCCUGCCUUCCUUCGUCCUUCCUUUGCCUCGGAGCACGGCCCGGUGCCCAUCAUCCCUUGCGCAUACGGGGCCCCGGCUUAGGGGGCUGCGGUGCAGAGGGACCCCUCGAGCUCAUUUUGCUUUCUAGGGAUUAUUUUGCUGCUGCUGCCUCUGCUGCCACUGCCACCACCACCGCUGCCGUUGAAUGAUUUGGUUGCCAUGGUUCCGCUUGCGUGUGCCCUCCUUCCCGUCCUUCCCUCCCUCCAUCCCAAAACUGUCUGGUAGCAGCUCUAGGGAUGGAAUUAACAGCAGGACCAAGAGCAGGUAGGUCUGCAAAAGACAGAGGAACUGUCUGCGCCCCUCCAAAAAACCAUGCAAAGGGGCUGAGUGCUGCCAACCCCCUGCAAAGGCAAGUCCCCAGAACACAAUGGUGGCACCUCUGGCUGCUUUGGGUGGGCUUGACCAGAGGGGCUUGGCCAUGGCAAGCCAAAGGAGGGGCUGUCUGGGGUCUUUGGGGGACAGGAAUCAGAGAGUCCAAACAUUUGCAAAAGGAGCAGGUGGAGUGGGUGCUGCAAAGGUUUGCCUGCUUAGAGCCUGUGCAGAGGCCCACCGCCUUCUUCCUUCGCCAAGUGCUGCUUUUGUGUGCAUGCAUGAGAGAGGAACGCCGUAGGAAUUUUAAUUGUUUUUUUCUGGUUGUUACAUAAUUUAUUUAUAUAUUUAUUUAUUUAGUUCUCCUUUGUAUGUAGACCACACCACCUGCGGUUGGUUGGUGGUCCGUAUGCGUGUGUGUGUAUAUAUAUGUAUAUGCGCUUUGGACCAUUCUGACUGUAGCUGACCCUGCUCAAGAGGGCCUGCCCAAGGAUUACAGGGAAAGCACCRCACUCCACCCCAGACACACGCAGUUGGCUGGRUCCUGGCCCUCCACCAUGGGGAAAAAAAGGCCCAGAGCCCCAACCAGCACAAGGGUGCGCAUGCAUGCGCACCGCCCACCUAUGAAUGUCUCUGUCCUAAAACUUGAAGCGGGGGGUGGCGGAUGGGGGGCCAAAACGCACAGUUCUGCCCUGGCAAAAGCAUGGGGGUUUUUCCUCCCCCCGCCCCCCUCCUUCCCGCCAUCUUGUUUCCUGGCGUUCCCCCCCCCCUCUUCCUUCAUGGCCAGAGCACCUUUCCAACAUUUUUGUACCUUACAAGCAGCCUCCGGUGGUGCUGCUGCUGCUGCCCUUUGGGGCGUCUUACGGCAAGCCUUGUAAAAACCCCUCUUUCUAAAUGCGCUCAGCCACAUCCACCCAGCAGGCAGAGGGUUAAAAUAGGUCUGGAGUGAAGAGAYGUUGAAAUCUGCUUCUGCUGGUCCCUUCCUUCCUUCCCGCAUGCGCCCCCCAACUCCAUGUACAUAAUUCCCAUUUGGAGAGAGACGUCGGCAAAGACCCCCCUCGGCCGGUCGCUGUCAUGCUCUUGUGGUCCCCAAAUGGCACCUGCUCUUCUUGGCUGAAUGUUGUACAAAAUAGAGCAACCCUUUCCAUGUUAUGUACAAUUUCCCUCCCUCUUUCUUCCUUCCUGCCCUUCUUCCUCCCUGCCCUCCUUUCUGUGUGCAAUGCUCUGUAACUGAUGAUUGUAAAGGGAGAGGCUGCACUCGCCAAUAAAGCCACACAAACUGCGAA